AUGGCAGAAGGGGAUGCCCGGGCGAUGGAGAAGGCCGGUUUUAUUCAAACCGCAUCAAAGCCACCCACUACUGGUUGGGUGAUGCCUUUUGCAGUCGUGGGGGAAAAACCGUCUGGCCCACGGCGACGUUUCAUAGCAUGGCCAAAAGCUAAAAAUGAACAAGAGGACUACGAGGGUAUGGUUCCUCUAGGGCGCACUUCCCGUUACCUGGGUGCGGUGUGCGAUGGGGCUGCCGCCAUUUUAGAUCUCAAGGCAUCCUUUUUCCAGGUGGGUUUGCCAGCCGAAAGACGCAGAAAUUUCCGUUGCCGCACGGAGAAGGGGGAGCUCGUUGAAAUCACGCGGCUCCCAAUAGGGUAUAAAUGUAGUCCGGAAAUCGCGUACACGAUCUCAAGGGUUUUGGCGGGGGACCCCGAGGUGGUUAAACCGCGUUAUGCGGCCCCGCCGGAGUUAACUCUACACGUGUAG